AUGAAGCUGCGUGGAGUUCCCUCGUUCAGUAUGAUCAGCAAACUGUAUCGCCGGCCAGUGGACAACAUCUUUCUCAAUGUGGAGCUGUUCAGGAAGACGAACGGCUAUCGUUCGUUUCUGCUCAAUCAGAGUCUCGACUUUUGCUACUAUAUGCGCAAUCCGAAGGCGUAUGUAUUUUUUCAUUCCUUCCACAACAGUUUCGUGGCCGUUUCGAAUUUCAAUCACACGUGUCCCUAUAAUCAUGAUAUCAUCAUCAAGGGAUGGUCGUAUAAGAAGGGUUCCAUGAUCGAGUUGCCGAUGCCAAAUGGCGAUUACAUGAUCUAUCUGAAACUAUCGGUAUCGAAAGUUUGGCGCGCAGAAAUCAAACUUUAUGUGACACGAACUGAUUGA